UGGGAACUUCGCAUCGGCAGUACGGAGAAACUCGCGACUUCUGGGGAACUACGAGGAAUACACUUCUCCCAAAAAAAAAAGCGCGCUGUAAUCUAAAAAAUAAACACAAAACAUUUAAAUUGCCAAUUUUACAUAUUGGCUUAAAAAACACAUUUUUUGUUUUCUUUGUGGAGUGAUUUUGGCUUACUUUUGAGAUUCUACCGAGAGCCGGAAAAAAUAAAGUGCUGAAAGUGCAACCGUUGCACCUGUCUUCUGUCUCACCUGAGCGCUUCAAGCCACAAAAGUGUAAAGUGCAGCGCGUCUUUUUUUUUUAGCCUCAGUUGAAGUUUAUUUUUUAUCUUCGUGUUCUGUUUUUUUUUUUUUGGAUUUUUUUUGGUUGGCUUGCGCUUUUUUCUGCAGUUUGCAAAUAUUCAGCAAUAAUUGCGUGUGUGUGCCCUGUGUUGUUGUUGUUUUUAUUAUUUUUGUCGCGCUCUAAUUGCCAAGAUUCGAGUAUUUCGCUGGAGAUUCUACCGCCGCCUCUUCCUCUGCGUCUUCUGCUCAACAUUCUUCUGGGGACUUCCAAACCGCAAAUGAGAUCCUUUUAAAAUGAUGACGAUGACGGCGUCCUCUGUCUCCGCCGCCGCCUCGGUAACCGGCUCUGCCUCCGUCUCCACGUCGACGGACUGCAGCAGCAGCAUGCAGGGAUCGACGACCAGCUCGGCCUCCAGCGACGUCAUGACCCUGACCACCACAGCCGCCUCCUCGUGGUGCGCCAUCCCGGCCAGCUCCCGGCUGCGCGUCCUCCGUCUGGUGCGGCCCCAUCAGAGGCGUCUCCUCGUCGGCGGCCCGGAGCGCGGCAGUACGUACGGCUUUGCUGUGCGCGGGGGACGGGAGCACGGCACUGGGUUCUUCGUCUCCCAUGUGGAGCACGGGGGAGAGGCGCAGCUGAAGGGUCUACGGAUUGGCGAUCAAAUUCUGCGCAUCAAUGGUUUUCGACUGGACGACGCGGUGCACAAGGAGUUCAUCCAACUGGUGGCCAGCCAGGACCGGGUCACGAUGAAGGUGCGAGGUGUGGGCAUGCUGCCGGUCAGAGAUCAGCCCGAGGAGCGCCUGUCCUGGAGCGUCGUGAAGCUGCCCAGCGUGAGUGGCACCCCCUCCGAGAGCUCCUUCAAGGCCGUGGAUAGAGGGCGGGGCUUGGCGGGCAGUGGCGGCGGGAGUCGGGAUAUCAAUGUAGUCCUGCACGUGGCACCCCGCACCAAACUGGGCCUGGGCAUAUGCAAGGGACCGGAAUGGAAGCCCGGCAUCUUUGUGCAGUUCACCAAGGAGCGGAGUGUGGCGAGGGAGGCGGGUCUGCGGCCGGGCGACCAGAUCCUCAGCGUCAACAGCAUCGACUUCUCGGACGUCCUGUUCUCGGAGGCGGUGGCCGUGAUGAAGAGCAGCAGCAAGCUGGACAUGGUGGUGCGGACGGCGGCCGGCUGCGAUCUGUUUCCGGGCGAGUCCAGUGGCUACAACAGCUCCGCCAGUUCGGUGACCGGCGAUCAGAGUCCCUGCUGGGCGGAUGCCAAGUCCAAGCGCCUCACCGCUGUCAGAGAGGAGGCUGGCAAUGGAGGUGUGGCCGGUGCGGUCUCCGGCAAUGCCAACUGGUCACAAAACGUGGAAGUACACAAGCAGAUGAACAAAACGAUCAUCAAACUGACGGAGAAUGGUACCUCCAUUAACAACACUUACAUCGCCAGUGCGGGCUUUGUUUCCGGAUCGGGUUCGGCUUCUGGUUCCGGCACUGUUUCCGGCUCGGGCUCUAGCUCCGUAUCAGGUUCCUCUUCGCGCAGCCAGUCGGUGUCUCGCAGCACCACCAUGAAACGCACUCACCUGCGACCAGUCAACUCCGCAGGAUCAGGAUCCAUCGCCAGAUCAGCAGCUGCCUCUGGACUAGUAUCUGGAUCGGGAACUGGAUCUGGAGCACCUGUUCCACCGCCUCCUGCCAUGAUUGAUGGAACAGCCACUGGCGGUGGUGGCAUCAACGGCAGCAGUCUCUCCAGUGCCAUAAACGAGGAGCUCAAGAAACGCAAAGAGAAACAGCAACAGCAGCGCAACAAUAAUCGAGAUAGAGAACGCGAUGGCAGUGGGAUUACAAAUGGAAAUGGUAAUGGAAGUGGACAUGGCCUCCAUCACCAUAGAGGCUCCAUAUCGAAUGGUUCAGUGCCACAUCGUCAGAGAAGCGGUGUUACCUCCCCGGGCAGCGAUCGCAAUAAUACCCUGGGAUCUGGCGGAGGUGGAGGUGCUAAUGGAGGCGCCACUGGAGGAGCAGCAGGUGCCGACCAGCAUACGGCGCUGAUGGAUGAAUUCAAGCGGGCUCACCAACGAAUGUUCAGGAACGGGUUCCAUGAGAGUGAGCACAAGGAACGUGGUGAGACGCUAAAACGCACCUCGAUUAUGCCCGAUGAUAGCAGCUAUCGCAACAGUAACAAUAGCAACGCUUUUGCCAACAAUGCUCUUACCAACAAUCGCAACAGCCAGAGUCGCCUGCCACAAAAUGGAGCCAAACCGGCGAACGGAAAUGGUAACAGCGCCAAUGGAUCGCCCGAGCUUCCGCCCCCGCCACCACAGUUUGCCAAUCCACAGCCCAAGCAACUGCCGGCCAAGCUAAUAACCGGAAAUGGAACAGCAAAUGGCAGCGGACACGGAAAUGGCAAUGUCCCGGGCAAUGGCAGCUUGGCCAAGGUCAAGCAGCCCAUGUCGCCCAUGAGGAGUGCCAGCAUCAGUGUCGGUGGCUUCCGGCCCCCCAUAACUCCCCAGCCCGACUACGACGCCGUUCAACUGCGUGGGAAUAAUGGCAACGCCACAGGAUCGGGAUCGGGAGCAAGUGCAUCCCUUCAGCAGCAGCAAAGGAGAACCCUGCGGCUCGGUACAGUGACCAUUGGGGAGUACGGCGAUCAGAGGGCCGGAAAACGAGAAACUCUGCGAAAAAUGAACGGAGAGGCCGGCUCGAAUGGCAUCCUGAAAAACGGAAACCAAAGGAGCAGCGCCAGCUUCAAUCAUGGAACAAGCCAGCAUCCCGAAAAGUCCAUCAAGUUUGGGAACUAAACUUCAAGGAUACAUCCAUUGUGCAAUAUCUUUCAAAAAGAAAACAAGACGAGAGGGAGGAGAGUACAAAAUCGGACUUGCAGCGGCAUAUAAUAUCUAUAAAUACCUAUCAUAUUCGCAUCCUUUUUUUUUUUUGCUCUACACAUCUAACUAUUUCCAUA